AUGGUUCUGUGUAUAACGUUUUUUGUGCUGUUGCUUCAUAUAAGAAAUCAAACUAGGAAAUUAAUCGAGUGCGCUAGAGUAGCUGUUGAUAAACAAGAGAAAUGGCAGGAUCUAGCUCAAAAUUUGACAAAUGAAUACAAGGAUAUUAUUAAACAGGAAGCUGAGCUUGACACAGCAGAAAAAGAAUUCAAUAGGAGAACUGAUUCCUCCUUAUUUAGUGAGUCUAAUUCAGUUUAUAGAGAAAAUCAAUUGGAUAAUGUAGCCUCUCUUUUCAAGAGGAUUGAACUCCAUCACCAAGAAUCUGGUGAAAUGAGAGAAAUAGUUAAUGAUGUAGCGAGUGGACAGGAUAUUAGAAUGAAAAUAUUCAAAGAGGAUAUUACAAAAGAGAAUCCAAGUAUUCAUUUUGAUAAGUUUGUGAGCAAUUAUGGAGGAAGGAAUAAGCUCAAUUUACCUCUAAUGGUUGACAAUUGGACUAAGCAAUUAUCUACAUUACAAACUUUAAUGAAACAUCACACUAUUCAGUCGGAUAUAACAACAAAAGAUACAACCAUGUCUGCGAUUGGACAACGAGAUGCUCCAGCACUGAUAAGAACACUCGAUGAGGAAUCUAAAAAGCAACAACAAUAUUUAAAUUCUACAUCCAAGUUCUCUAAAGAAGUUUCUAACCUAGUUAACAAAAUGGAAACAAAUAUCGAAAAGGUUAGGAAACAAAUAGACAUUAAUCCACCAAAAAUUGCCACUAAUUCCAAGUAUCCCCUCAUACCAAUUUCUCCAAAACGAGCCAAGUUUACUAAUUCCAAUGAAAACUAUGAGAAAUAUUUAUUACCCCAAGUGGAUGAGGAACAAAUGAUUCAAGAAAUGAGAAUUUCCAUACGGAAUCACAUACGAGGACCAAACAAUUUUGAGCAACAACCUUCCCAUCACAAUGAAAAUCAACAACAACACAUAAUGAUAGACGAGACUGCAACUGCUGUAAUAGAAAAUGAUACUCAAGAAGAGGAUAAGUGUGUAAAUUUUGGAAUGGAUUCAGACGAAACUGCACCAGAAAUUCAACAAAUACCACCUCCUAGGGCACAAGCUUAUGAUGAAUUGACAAUGGAAUUGGAUGAUUUUGAAACAUUCUCAAAGAAGAGGUUUCAAUAA